AUGAUCAGGUUGAAGAACUUGGUUCCCUCAUGGAGCAAUGAUCCUGAUGCCCAAGACUACGUUGGACAUCACACAGGCCCCCUCUACGCUCUUCUCGCCAGGCUCUUUGUGAUUCGUGUCAUUCAAGACCACGACACGGAGGACUUUUCCCACCUCUGUAAUCACGAAAGAAUGUGGAUCAUCGUCAAUUUAAACGGCACCAGUCGAAAACUUCACGCCCCCUUGGAAAUUGCCGGCUUUUUCUCGGAAUACAGAAAAAAGACUCGGUACACAAACAUCACGUAUGAUCGGGGCCGCGUGUUCUGCAACGUGGAUAUCACAGAUGUUCAUCAUGAAUGGACCGAUGGACACGUUGAGAAGAUCAUUGUGAUUUUGGACUUCACUCGUAAUGGUAUGAUCACGAGAGCUGAGCUCAAACAUGCCAAUGACAAGAUUGGCCCCGAGGCAUGGGAACCGAUUAAUAUUGUGCGCGGAACUAAUACGACUGUUUGA